GCGAGCCAGGAGCCCGACCCGCAGCCCUCUCCUCCUCCAGCAGCAGCGGUCACACCGCCGCCGCCACCACCACCACCACCACCACCAGCAGCAGCAGCAGCAGCAGCCGGGCGAGGGCGAUGGCGCAGGAGGAGGCCGCGGGCGCAGGCAGCGAGGCCGCCGAGGCGAGCAGCCCGGGGCUGCUGCUGGAGAUCGUGAGCUCCCCGCUCAACCUGAGCCUGCUGGGCCUCUGCCUGUUCCUGCUCUACCAGAUCGUGCGGGGCGACCGGCCCCGCGCCGGGCCCGACGGCGAGGAGGAGGCGCCGCCGCCGCUGCCUAAGCUCAAGCGCCGCGACUUCACGCUGGCCCAGCUGCGCCCCUUCGACGGCCGCCAGAACCCGCGCAUCCUCAUGGCCAUCAACGGCAAGGUCUUCGACGUCAGCCGCGGCAGGAAGUUCUACGGGCCCGAGGGCCCUUACGGGAUUUUUGCUGGAAGGGAUGCAUCCAGAGGCCUUGCUACCUUCUGCCUGGAUAAGGAAGCGCUGAAGGACGAACAUGAUGACCUUUCUGACCUUGAUGCCACACAGCGAGAGACCUUGAGCGACUGGGAACAACAGUUCACAUUUAAAUACCACUACGUAGGCAAACUUUUGAAAGAUGGAGAAGAGCCCGCUGUGUAUUCAGAUGAAGAAGAAGGAGAAGGAGCAAAAGAUGCUAAAGAACGCAAGAAUGAUUAGCAAACACAGCAAACAACAAUCUGGAGAUUGUUUGGUGUGUGUGUGUUAUUUUUAAAGGACCUUUUGUCACAUUCCAGUUCUGUUUUAGCAAUUUAAACGUCAGCUAUUUUUAGAAACAGUACAAUUUGCAGCAAAUUAGCUAUAAUUAAAAAUGUUUUAAUCUAUAUUCCCAAGUAACCUUGCCAGUCAGAGCUGAGCUUCUUAAAUCAAAGCUGUGUGAUCCAAUUGGCAUUGCAGCAAUGGAACCCCAAUUUUCUGGCAAAUAAAGGGCAUAGUUACCAACA